CCUGACUGUGUCAUUCAGAGUGUGAGGAUCUGAGAAGUGAGUGGCUUCUACAGCCUGGGCUGGCUGAGCGGUGCCGACAUGUGGCGGCCACAAGCCUGGUGGAGCUCUGUCAGGUCGGCUUUCCAGAGGUCUGACCAGCCACCUUACUUGAACGAUGCCACUGGCUUUGAUUGCACGGAGGAACCGGCACUGGAGGGUGAAGAGGUUUUGCCCAGGUUCAAUAAGCUGCGGGUUCUGGUGGCAGAUGAACCGGUGGCAGCAAAUGGGGUACCCAUGAACAUGGCCUCUGAUGAUGAGUCCUUAUUGGAGAGCUGGCAGAACCGGGUCAAGACGGAACCGUGUGAGAAGUGCAGCAACCAUAGGGAGAGGAGGAAACAGGGCAAGGUGAAGAGAAAGCUGCUCCUGGCUGCGGCCCUUUAUCUCCUCUUCAUGGUGGGGGAACUUGUGGGCGGAUAUGUUGCCAACAGCCUUGCUAUCAUGACUGAUGCACUCCAUAUGCUUUCUGACCUCAGCAGUAUUAUUUUGACCCUGCUUGCUCUAUGUCUGUCUUCAAAACCUCCAAACAAGCGUUUCACCUUUGGAUUUCAUCGUCUGGAGGUUUUGUCUGCCAUUGUCAGCGUGAUUCUGGUAUACAUCCUUACAGGCUUUUUGUUGUAUGAAGCCAUACAAAGGACAAUUCACAUGGACUAUAACAUUAAUGGAGAUGUGAUGUUGAUCACUGCAGCUGUAGGUGUUGCAGUAAACCUCAUAAUGGGAAUUUUAUUAAGUCAGUCUGGUCACCAUCAUUCACAUUCUCAUGGACCUGCAGCUAAUUCACCAAGCCCUCAUGGGCAUAGUCAUGGGAGUCUGGCAGUUAGAGCUGCAUUUGUCCAUGCACUAGGAGACUUGGCUCAAAGUAUUGGUGUUUUAAUAGCAGCCUAUAUUAUACGAUUCAAGCCAGAAUACAAAAUAGCGGACCCAAUCUGUACCUACAUAUUUUCUGUACUUGUUGUUUUUACUACAGUCCGCUUAGUAUGGGAUACAGUGCUAAUAAUACUUGAAGGUGUUCCAAGACAUCUGAAUGUGGAUAGGAUCAAGGAUGACCUGAUGAAAAUUGAAGACGUUUACUCUGUGAAAGACCUUAAUGUCUGGUCCCUCACAACAGGAAAAUCUGCUGCCAUAAUACAUUUGCAACUGUGUCCUGAUGCCUCAUCAAAGUGGGAGGAAGUGCAAAAUAAAGCCAGACAUGUACUGCUGAAAACACAUGGAAUGUACAAAUGCUUCAUUCAGAUACAGAGUUACGGGCAAGAGGAGAGCACCCGUUGCACUGACUGUUCCAAUGCCUAAGUCCCAUGGACUGUUGCCUUACAACUGACACACUAGGUGUAGGACACCCAGAGCAAUACAUGUUAACCUUAAAAUCCUUACUAUGAAGCAGCAGUGGCUUGCUCUCUCUGUCUCUAUAUAUAAAGGAGAAGCACAUUUUCUUAUUGGAAUCUAGAAUCUUUAUAGACCAAAAGAGAAUAACCUUUCUCUCUGCAGUAUUCUGCUGAGGCCGUGUAGACCUACAACUCAAAUGUUUACAGAGUUAAGCAAGUUUGCACAUAAACCUCAUGUUUUACGCUAUAGCACAAUAAGCCCAUGGCAUGGAUAACAGUAUGUUAUUUGAAGCAAAGCAAUUGCAUAGAUUGCCAUAUUUUAAGGGUAAGCUAGUUUUCUAUGUGCCAUUUUCACAAUCUGCGUUGAAGUGCUUAAAAGGGUGGUUCACCUUUAAGGUAAAUUUUGGUAUGUUAAAGAAUGGCAAGUUCUUAGCAACUUUUCAUCUGGUCUUCAUUUUUUUUUUAUCAAGUUUUAAUUAUUUGCUUUCCUUUUCUGACUCUUUCCAGCUUUCUAAUGGGGGUCACUGAUCCCAGCAGCCAAAAAACUAUUGUUCUUUGAGGCUACAAUUUCAUUGUAUUAUUACUUUCUAUUACUCUUUCUAUUACUUAUCAUCCUAUUCAUAUUCCAGUUUCUCUUACAAACCACUGCCUGGUUACUAGAAUAAUUUGGACCCUAGCAACCAAAUAGCUGCUAGAAUUCCAAACUGGAAAGCUGCUAAAUAAUUAAAAAAAACAUGAAGCAUAAUAAAUGAAGACCAAUUGCAAAUUGUUUCAGAAUAGCACUCUCUACAACAUACAAAAAGAUAUUUUGAAGGUGAACAACCCCAUUAAUUUCAUGUAGACUUUCAUAUAGGGGUAUUAUGGUUUCCUCCCACUGAAAACUAAAUUACUGCAUGGCCAAUAGUAUUGUAAAUAUCAUCCCACUUUCCUUGGUAUUAAGCAUUGUGCAAAGUAUUAGAGUGGGUCAGUAAGAGAACAUUACGUUACUGCGUAUUACAAUCCUAAAUAGUUUGCUGAUUUCUGGCUUACUGGCAGAGCUCAGAUUAGAAUUUAAGUUUACAUGUAUAUGUGACUGGAUGAUCAGUGAUCACAGGAACAGAAUUCUUGUUGGUACCAAUACAACAGUAUGGUGUUGAUUUUGAACCAAGUGUAUGUGAUAAGCUGCUGUUGCCAUUUUAAGAAGCAGAAAAGUUGUCACCUUAUCAGUGUUCUGUACUUUGCACUUAUGUUCUACUGUUUAUAGAUUGAAACUGACACAACAUUGCUGCUGUUAGUCUUUCAUGUUCUGGCUCUAAAUGUGAAAGAUCUAAUUAGAAUAGACUGAGGUAAAAAGCGAAGGGAAGCCACAUAAAGCAGGCAGGAUGUUACUCCUGAUUUAGGUUGCAAAGGUUUAUGACAAAAGUUCUUUUCCAGGUACUUACCUAGGUUAUAAUUUAGGUGGACAUGGUUUUAACAGGACUUUCUUCUUCUUUAUAACCUCCUUUUGUUUUUCUAAAUAUACCAAGCCCGUUUGGCAUCGCCAGAGGUUCCUCUUCCACCUUCUCAGGACCCAUGAGUCUGCAGCCGUUCUGAAAGUGCCUGUAACUUGGGACUGUAUUUAUUUAUAUUUUAUUUAUACAAGACUUCAUUCACUUGCCACUAGGCUUCCUGUGAGUAGAGCUUCCGUUCUCUAGCCUUUCUAUGCACAUCUCUCCUGUGUGGAAAGUGACAGCAUGCUGUUAGCCUAGCUGAAAUGCAACGUCAAAUAUGAAAAGAAAAACAAAAGAAAUUCAGAAUUUGGAAUAAAAAUGUCUGAGCUAAUUCAAAAGUACAGCAAAGCAACUUUUUAAAUAAAUGUAAUUAUAUUUUAAUCACUACGUGUAUAUAAAAUAACUUCUGCUGGAUCAUAAAAGCAAUUACAUAAACUGCACAUGUUUCCAACCCUGUAUGUUAUUUUUUGAGAAGUUCCAAAUAAUGAAACACUAAAAUAUUGACAAGAAAUUAAUUAGUGGUUUCUAAAUAACCACUUUUUCCAGAAAUAGUUUCAAAGGGGUUGUUCCCUUUUAUUAUGAUGUAGACAUUGAUAUUCUGCCAAAUUUCUACCAACCAUGUCAGUGCAAAUUGCUCACUAAUGCUGGAAUCAGUAAGUUGUUCACAUGCCCAGAUUUGAUCAGGCAGUUUGUCCAAUUCCAUAUAUACUGCCCGAGCCUCAAGAUUGCAGGGGGGCCCCUUCACUAAGAAUGUUAUUGGCACAGGAAAGCAAGUAAAAGCAGGGAGAACCCCAGCACAUUUGUGAUCAUUUAGAUCAUUCUGAAUGUAGAGAACAUUGGCUACGUUGCUAGAAGUAUGGCUGCUGGUCUGGUAUCAUUACAUUUGGCCCACAGGCUCUUUGGGCAGAUACUGUAAAGGUCUGGCCAUUGCAUUUCCACCUGGUGAAAUCUGAGUAACUCACUCACUGUAAGUUUAGCAGCUCACAAUUUUUUAGAUAUAUAAACAGCUGUAACUAAAACAGCCACUACAUUUUUCUCAAUUUUUUUUUUUUUUUUUUUUUUUUUUACAAUAGUGACAGUUGCACUUUAAAUCAGUGUCACAGCCUGUUAAAUAGGCAUAUAGCAUUAUAGCAAAAUAAGCAAAUCUUUUGAUACUGCUGCUGUUUUUACCCUGGGCAUACACACAGGCUUUGUCUAUGGCCAGACAAUAAUGUGUGCCUUUUUAUUUUUACACAUCCACCUUUAAUAUGCCUAUAAAACUACAUGCUCCUCAGGUGACAUUUUUCACCACCUCAACUUUUUUCAGCAAAAAGGAGUGCACUUCAUUUUAGAUUUGCACCACAGAAUUGUGCAACUGCUGUGAAACAAGAGUAUGAUACCCAGUUAUUAAGCAACACUUUUAGGAAUUCCUGUCCGCUAACUCUGCAGCCUUAUUAUAUUGUUCUUGGGAUAACAGGCCACCUGUUAUGUUUAUUUGAUCUCUUUGGGGAUGUGACUGUUCCUUCAUUUCAUUUGUGAGCAUUAAAUUCUGACACCAAUUUUUCAAAAACACACAAUAGUAUAAUUAGGCUGUAUAUACUUGUGUUUUUUAAUGUAAUCCUGUAUUUUUCUGGAUGUGGCUCCAAUGAAAUACCAGAUAAAAUAUGCAUUUUUUUUUUUCAAUUUCAAAGUUUUGAUGAAUUGUUGCCUCUUGCCUUUCUUUCUUUACAAAAUCUUAUGACAGAAUAAAAAUGAUUCUGUAACAAAUGCACAGAGGGUUGUAAUAACAUAUUUAUUAAUGUUUUGAUUGCCAGAAAAAUACAUUUUAAAGAAGAAUAAUACAUGUAAAUGACAAACUGAAGUUGUGUUUUUAUUCACUUGGGAGGGUGAUGUUUAUGUCUAUAGUGUAAAUGCAUAAUGCACUGCAAUGAAUGCAGGAGGAUAAAAAUGCCUUUUUAUAAAUAAUAAACCAUUUAUGUAUAUAUAAGAA